GCUAUUUGCCUUGUACAAUUUGCUCAUUUCUCUUUAUUUCUCUGUUUUCCUGCACUGAUCACUUAAAGGACAAUCUCUCUUGCAAACAAAAUCCCCGGAGCCUGAUUAGAGGGACUGAAGGCUCCCAGACACGGAUUGCCUGCCAGCCACAGCACGCCCACUGUUUGUAACAUGGAAGAUCGGUCGAGAUAAACGAUUGCGUGGAUGCAUAGGUACUUUUUCCGCCAUGAACCUGCAUUCAGGACUCAGGGAGUACACACUUACUAGUGCCCUUAAAGAUAGUCGUUUCCCCCCAAUGACGAGGGAUGAGCUGCCACGGCUUUUCUGCUCAGUGUCUCUACUCACUAACUUUGAAGAUGUAUGUGACUACAUGGAUUGGGAGGUGGGUGUACAUGGCAUUAGAAUAGAAUUCAUCAAUGAAAAAGGAUCAAAACGCACCGCCACCUACUUACCGGAGGUUGCAAAGGAGCAAGGAUGGGACCACAUUCAAACCAUAGAUUCCUUAUUGAGGAAAGGAGGCUACAAAGCUCCGAUUACUAAUGAAUUCAGGAAAACAAUAAAGCUAACCAGGUACCGUAGUGAGAAGAUGACGAUGAGCUACACAGAGUACCUUGCCCAUCGUCAGCAUCAUCACUUCCAAAAUGGAAGCUCCCAUGUAGCUAUAAACAUGAUCUUCAGAUCCAGCACCUACAGCCGACAUGGCAAGGCUGACAUCCAAAUGCUUUUUUUGGAUGAAGAGAAGCAAUUACACGUACGAUGAGAGGUGAUGUCAACAUGGCAGCAUUUUCAGAAUCAAGUGGUCUAAUUGAUUGGGCACGACGUAAUCCAGUAGCUACCAGAUACCUUUGUCUCCCAUUCAGUGCUGGGAACCGAGGGCAGUCCGGCCCUGUCCAGACUAGUCACAACCAUGCGUUUGUGCUGAGAGGAGGCCUUUCUCAUCAUCUCACAUUAGGAGUCACGUUUGGUUUUCAAAACAGGUUGGUGAGUGGCAGAUGUCAUAUUAGGAAAAAAAUGGAUUUAGAUUUUAGUGCCUUUGACUAUGACAUUAACUAUAUGCUUAUAUAUAAAAUUCAUAGAAAAAAAUAUAGCAAAUAAUGCCAGACAUUCUAGCAAACUGUAUAGAGUCUGCUCUGGCGUCAGGUUUUGGGGGAUUUUUUUAAAGUGAGAUUUUUUUUUUUCUUUUUUAAUAGCAAACUUGCUUUGGAAAAGAAAAAUCCAUUUUGUUCUUUCUUCUGCUUUUGAACUUGUUGAGUUUUACCAACUCAUGAAUAGUUUAUCAGAUAAAGUUAACUAUUGCUUAAAAAAAGAAAAAAAGACUGUUGUGAAAGCACAGGACAAGUAUGCCAUAAUUUUACAUGUUUUCAUCUAUUACAGGAAUAGUACUUGAGAGCUGUAAGUACUGUGUAAUAAUUCUCAUACCCCUCCACACGGUCGAAGAAAGAAAAGUGAUGGGAACUUUUUCCUGCUGUAAAAAUAGGAUUUAGUAGCAGGUAUGUGUGGGGUGUUUGCAAGCCCAGGAUGUGGUAGGAGGCAGCUCCUUGCUCCUGUGCCUGCAGAACUCCCACUGAUACCUGCUGUAGUUCGGUGCACGUUCUAGGGGACAAUACAUCCCAUUAGAGAAAAGACCUUCCUAAUACGAGUGAGGAAACCACAGCAAGCAGAAAUUCCAGUUAUUUUCAAUAAUGAAUGUUUGUAAAUGUAGAGCUAUCUAAAAUUCAAACAGAUAAAAUCAAUUAAAAUUCAAUUGUUAAAAAAAAAUAAAUCAGGCUAAUUGUAAAUAGGGUUUCAAAACCAGAUAUGGAUAAAUUAUGCUCGUCCUUAUGUGAGGUUAGCUUUGCCACUUAAUUUCUAUGGAGGUUCUUGUAGAAGGUCUUUGGUAUUCCUUCAUCCACAGCAUUUGAUGUCCAAAUAUUAACAUUUUCAGUUGUGAUGCCUUAAUUUACAAGCAGAGGGCCUGAAACUUCAGGAGCCAAGAGAUGCCAGCUGGAAGCUGCAAAAAUUAAUAGAUGUUUAUACAGAGGCUAUUUUGGAUGAUACUGUUGUCUUGUUUCUACUUGGGGAACACUUUUAAAUGGAUUAGGCUUCAAGUGGAAAUGGUGAACAAGUGGCUACCUGAUAAGAGUUGUGUUGGUUUUUUUUCUUGCCCUUAUAGGGAAACUGAGCACAAACUGAAUCAUUCUGCUGCAAAAAAAAAAAAAAAAAAAAGUCAUCCAACCCCAUCUUUAUCUGUCAUCUCGUUACAGCACGCUCAUGCUUCUGUAUGAGCUCAUUGUUAGAAGUUUUUUAAAAAGAUCUAUUAUAUAUAAAAAUAUAUAUGUAUUGAAAGGUGCUAUUCAACCUCAAGCAGGUCACGUGACUGGUCAUGCGGAUCUAAAAUCAUAUCAGAUUUUUUAAAAAAUCUUCGAUAUAUGCAGAUGUUAUACAGAAUUUCUUACCAGUGUAAUAAUGAUAUACUGAUGAAUAAACAAUCCUGCAGGUUUUUAAGGACAAGGUCAGCAAUACUUCCCACCAUGGCUUGGGGGAGAAAAGGAUAGUUUUGUCUCCUUUUUGUAUACAGCAUAAUGCACAAUGCAUUUUUGUCUAUCUCUUAGUAGCUGUUGCUUAAAAAUAUAGUUAAAAGGGUGUUAUACAAACUGUAAAGGUGUGCUUUUGAAAUGAGAGUUAAUGCCAGACCCUUCUGGACCAGAGUUUUGUAUCACUAAUUAAAAAACUGUUACAGAGUCUGUGGUCAAUCAGAUUGUAUGCUAUUUUUUUGGAAAGAUUGGAAUGCUCAAUCUAUCUACAGUGUUUCUAGGGCACCUACCUCCUCAGCACGCGAGUGCUGAAAACGCCAUGGAUUGUUUCUGUGUUCUUGUGGUUGAUUUGUACAGAACGUGCAGUUCACUGUGACACGCACUGGGACAGAACAGGUCUGUUUGCUUAAAGCUGAUCAACAACGGCUUUCACAAAUGUCAUUCCCUGGUAGUUGUGUUUAGUACCCUUUUAGAUAUAUUGCUGGGUUUAGAUACCUUUUUUUUAUUAUUAUUUGGGGUACUUUAUAAGAAGUUAAGGUACAACCAAGUAGCUUAUUUCACUGCUUUUUAAGUUGGAAUGCUAAUUUUUUAUGAUCACUACUCAGUUUGCCUUAUUGUUGGGGCUGGUUUUUUUAAUUCUUUUGCUUAAUGUUCCCAAAAAACCCCCUGUUCUGUAAACUGAGUUAAGACGACAAAAGCGUAGACUUGACAUGAAACCAUUUCUUAGUCUUGCCUCGAGUGGCCUUCCUUCUGCCCAGCCAGCUGUAGCACUGACUUCUCCCCCCGGCCCCGCUGCGGGCGGUGGCGGGGAGGCUCGCUGGCGUCCCGACCUCAGACACGAGCACAUCCAGGCGCUCACACCCAUUUGCACACCCUGCCGUUUGUAUACGGACCUCUCUACUUGUCCUCACAUGUGCGGGUUUUUAAACUUGUUGUCUGGAGUAGGUUACAUCUCUUAUGUGUGUUAGAUCGAACCAAAGAAGCCUCCAGCCAUGCCCAAAUGCUGCUCCUAAAGCCUGCCUUCCAGUCCUUACGAAAUCCCUGCAGGAUUAAAUGUGUUAACUUUUUUAUUUUUGUACAGUUUCUAACUGAUUUUUGCUAGUGAUGUUAAUUGAAUUAAGUUUAUUUGGGGAGUCUGAAUAUCUUCUCCAUUUAAAUAAACUGGUGACUUUCCUUUUAUGUUUAAAAAAAAAAAAGAAAAAAGUUAAAAAAAAAAAAAAAAAAAAGAGAAACCCAAAGUGUGCCUCUCAGAUUUAAGGGUUUCUGGUUACAUUUAUUCUUAAGACCAGCAAUGAUUCUUUAUAUACAAAGAUAUGUUUUCCUCGUUUUUUAUUACUGUUAAAGAAAAAAUAAAAAAUAAAAACCUCUUUCUUUGCUCUGGACCCAGUAAUUGCGCUGGUACAUAAACGCACUGAGAAAACAAACUUUUGUUUGAAACUUUUGUAACAACUUAUGACUGUUUUUGUAUAUCAAAGUUGAUUCUUUUCAAGAUAUUUGGAUCUAGUUUCUAAGUUAUUUUAGUGUUUUAUAUGUUACAAAAAAAAAAAAUUACUUUAAAUUGUUCACCAGCAUUUUGAGUUAUCUUUAAUGCGAUGGUGACACACAAUGGGCUUCGAGCUACCUGGAGUAGCCUGUGAGGCCCCUCUUCUCCUUCCUUCCUUAGUAACUUGAUUGAUUACAAUAAUAUCACAGAUUACCUAAACCCCCUUCCUUUCUAACUAGAUCCUCCUUCCUUCCACAUUUAAUUGCUAUUAGUGUGAAGAAACUGUUGAAAUGGGCAUUUUAAUAUAAGUACGGCUUAAAAAGAGAAAAAUGAGGAAAAAAGAAAAAAAAAAAACUCUCUAGAAGGUUAUCUGUGGGUCUGUGAGAUAUGGCUGUGGAAAGAUAUUGUAGUAGUUUUAACACUAUUGUUAUUACCUUUUAAAUCAUUUACCCAAUAAAAUAAGGAAAAAGAA